AAACAGAGAGCGUGUAUGACCGGCUGCUAACCGUCGCCGUAAACAAUCAAACGCAGGCCGUACAGUUGAAUUUACCUGGAAACACCGGUGGCCUGGUUUGGCAUUCUACCGAACCUGUGCCACUAUUUUCCGAACCUUCUAGGCUCGGGUUGUUCGUCCUAUAAAUACGCGCUUGUAUCGUAUCCACGUACGUAUCAACACGAGGACAGAGAUAUUUUUCAGAUUAGAUUAACAACAGUUGAAGAAGGAUGGCACUAGUUUCAGGAGGAAGUUCCACAUUAAACCCUAACGCCCCUCUCUUUAUCCCUGCUGCUUACCGUCAAGUGGAGGAUUUCUCACCGGAAUGGUGGCAAUUGGUUACCACUUCAACAUGGUAUCGGGAUUACUGGCUCAGUCAGCAUCAGGAUGAGAAUGGGGUUUAUAACAAUGAUGAGGAUGACAAUGGCAAUGAUGUAGCUGGUUUACUCCCGGAUACAUUUGAUCUUGAUGCUGGUGAUUAUUUCUCUAGCUUGGACUUUCAAUUUCAGGAUUUUGUCGAGUCUUGUGAAACCCAAGUAGACGGCUUCUUGGAAGGAGGUAAGAAGGAUGUAGCAGUUCCAUCAGUAAAGAAUGUAAUUUAGUUCGAUAUGCAUACGUUUACGUUUAAGUUCUCGGCAUGACUUCAGGUCGUCUGAUCUGACUAGACUAGUGUAGUUUAUGCUGUUUUUUGUACAGAGCAAGGUUGCAACUUGUAUCCCUCCCUUGUUCAUUCUCGAGUCUUUCCUUUCAAUUAACCAAAAAUGUAAAAAAGAAAAUGUAAUUUUAGCAAGAGAAGAAAAACAAAUCAUAUAAAUAUAUUUCAUUGUUGUUAUCUUUUAA